GAGGAAGAAAAAAGUUACGUCAUCUUGGCGGUAAACGCUUUUUUUCUGUAAACUUUUUAUAUAAAUUAAUAGUUUGAUCAAGUGGGAAACAUUCUGUUUAUACAGCCUGCUUAUUCUGCUAACGCUGUCAUGUCAACAUCGUCCGUGUCAAAGGGUUGCUUUGUUUUCAAACCAAGCGCUAAGAAGAAAAAGAAGUCUCUGUCUGUGGAGGAUUAUUUUAUUCGUGGCUGUGAAGCUGCAGACAACAGUGAGAUCAGAUUCCAACUCUGUCAGGAUCUGUGGAACAGGAUUGUAACAGAAACACAGGUUUUACAGGAUGAACUCAACAGGAAAAUCCUCGACAGCUUACUGAGCUUUAUCAGGAAAUGUUCAUCCACUCGCCAACAUGGUGCUCCCAACUGGGGAUCUCGGAUGAGGGCCAGUGAGAUUCCGACAGCGGCGCUUGUGCUUGGUGUGAACGUUCCAGACCAUGACAUGACAUUCCAGAGCCUGUCUGAUCUGCUCCGGCAGUCCGUCACUCCUCACGUGGCCUCUGUGCAGGCUAAAGAGUGUGGAGCUCUGAAGCAUCUGAUACAGAAGCUUCUGGGGAGGUUGAUGGGUACUGUUGUCUCUGUGGAGGAUGAGGAUGAGGAUGAUGAAGCUGAGCAAAGCAGUACUCGGCUCCACAAGGGGGCGCACUGCUCCCUCAGUACACUGUGUGACUGGUACAGUGCAAAAACAAAGAAAUCCAACACCGGCACUCCUGGGAAAAAGUGCAGCUCUCCUCUCCAAGAGGAGCAGCCCCCUAUUAUAAUUAUUUUUAAAGAUUUGGAGUCUUUUAUUCCCAGAGUUCUUCAAGACUUCAUACUUAUCUGCAGCCGGUACGUGGAUCAUCUGCCCCUGAUGUUCAUUUUUGGCAUUGCUACAUCACCCAGCACCAUCCAGCACAUGCUGCCCCACUCGGUCUCGUCGCUGCUCUGCAUUGAGCUCUUCCAGUCGCUGUCCUGCACCCAGCACCUGUCCACAGUCGUAGACAAGUUGAUCCUGACACCAGAUUUCCCGUUUAAACUCAGUGGUAAAGUGCUGCAGGUGCUCAUCAGCAUCUUCCUAUUCCACGACUUCUCUGUGAGGAACUUCAUCAAAGGCCUGCAGCUGGCACUGCUGGAGCACUUCCACUCCGAGCCGCUGAGCGUCCUGUGCUGCACAAAGAAGACGGCUCUGCACAACGUGACGCAGCUAACGCGGCAGGACGUGGAGAGGAUCAGGCAGCUGCCAUCGUUCAGAAGGUUUGUAGAGAAACAAGAACCUCAGGAACGGGAUAAUCUCCUGACUGAUGACACUCAUUUGAAGAACAUGUGCCAGAAGCUUCUGAAGGAUCUUCACAAAUACCACAAGAACUAUUAUCCCAUCCUGAAAUGCCUCCACACCCUGACCUCCUCCUUACCUCGGUACCCGCUUGGAAAACAUAUCAGAGAACUUCAUUUGUUAUGUUUGGGGAAGAACAUAUGGGAAACAGAAGAUUAUCAGUCAGCCAUGAAGCUACUGAGGAUGCUGGCUAAAGAUGAGCUGGUAGCUUUGCUCCAGAGGUGUCUUGAAAUUCUGGCUCCUGUCAAGUCUGAAAGGAUGAAGAAGGCACUUGUCCAGCUGGAUGAACUACUUGCCAAAUUUAAGCAGCCAGAGAACACAUCAUCUGAAAAUGACGCCGCUGUGGAAGAAAUAAUCUCUCCGGUAAAGAAUCUGCAGAAGAAAACUGAUCUGUUCCAGCUGCAGAAGACUCUGCUUGAGAUGAAGGAAUCUCGCAGGUCCAAAAAGCUAAGUCAGUUUGAGAUUCUGCAAAAUCAAACCCUGGAGUUUUUUGACUGCUUAGUCAGGUCUUUCUUGUGUCCCCCUGAGUCUCAGCCGCUAAAUGAAGUCUGCUGCUACAGUUCCUCUGCUGUUGUGAGGCGUCAUCUCAACACAUCACCUCGCACCUCCAUUCAGGCUGCACUUAGCAGCCCCUACUAUUAUCUUAAGAAUGACAGUUUAAAGACUGAGGAUGGGACGGUGUCUAAUUCAGCUCCUGAUAUCUGCAUCAUCUACAAGCUUCAUCUGGAGUGCGGCCGGAUGAUUAACCUCUACGACUGGCUACAAGCCUACACCACUGUGGUUUCUGCUGCUGAAGGCAACGAUCCAGAUUCUGACAGUUUUGGCCAAGUGGAUGAAGUCAAACAUGCACGUUUCAUCAGAGCCGUGUCAGAGCUCGAAUUUCUGGGCUUCAUCAAAUCCACCAAGCGGAAGACAGACCAUGUGUCUCGACUGACGUGGGGAGGCUGUUGACCAACAAGAACUGCUGUACACCUUUAGGUUCUCAUCUAACAUGUAUAUUUAAAAGGACUAUGUGCAGAGUGUAAAAGACUGUACAUCUCUAACUAGUGACGUUAUAUCACGCUGUACAUUACAAUCACAAAAAAAAGUAGAGAUUGUGUAAACUCAACUUUGAGCACUUGCACACUCAGUGGGGGUGAAAAAAUAAAGUGUGUGUGGUGGUGGAACUAAAGCUGCAAUCCUUCUGUUUAUACUAAGUAAUGCUAAAACUGGUCAUAUUAAGUGAUUUUGCAUUGAACAGUUACACAUCCUUACAGGUGAAAAUGUCCAUUUUUACCCUCUGAUUUUCAAGUGUGCUUGAACUUUGAGUCUAAUGCAAAAGAUGGUUUAAAUAUAUUCUGCGGCCCUGAUGUGCUGUGGUGAGAAAUUAAUAUUUAGGAUUCCAUUCCAGAUUUUUGCAAAAAUAUAUUUUCAGUAUUUCAAAGAAUUUGCAAAAUGACAGUUUCCAGUGUGUGAUUGGAUGCCACUGCUGGCUUUUGCCCUCCCAUGAUAACUAUUUCCAACAGACUGCAUGUCCAACAAAUUUUUUUUUUUUUUUUCCUCUUCAAUGCCAUGUUGCCAUAGCCAUCUGUGCUAACAUUUAAUAUGUUCAGUCAUGUAGCACUGUUUUAGAAUGUCAUGUGACUUAUUACAGAUUGCAUUACGUACAGAAAA